AUGGCGGGAACCGCCCAUUUACUCAUCCUCACGCCGCCCUCCGCCGCCACUCCCUCAUUCCCUCGUCCAAGCCCUCCAUCUCUCGCUUCCCGCCGUCAUCUUCACUCAGCCGUUAAACCCCUCACUCUACGCCCUGGUGUUUGUAUCCCAUCUCCUUUCCGAGCAUGUGCUCAAUCCCAUCAGAUGGAUGGUAGUGAUAGUCGAAGCAAAGAGACUACAACACUGAGUUGGGUGGAACCUAUUUUGAGAUUUGCUAGGGGCAAUGUUUUACCCUUAGCUCUCAUUUCUGCGGUCACGUUAGGAUUAACAUAUCCUAGUCUUGGUUGCGCUCUUGACAAGUAUCAUGUGUCCAAAAUUGGGCCGUUUGGAAUUUUUGUUAUCUCAGGGUUGAUGUUGCGAAGUGAAGAAAUUGGUGCUGCUGUAGAAGCAUGGCCUGUUGGACUCUUUGGGCUAGUAUGGCCUGGUUCUGGUUCCUGUGUUGGAUCAGCGGUCAAGGAACUCUCUCGAAGCGGCCCGUGGGAGUCAGCUGGCUGA